AUGACCCCGGACCUCCAAUAUGAUCACUCACAUCGUCCAAUUCCAGUUCAAAUCCUCUCUCGCCCCCGAAAGGGUCCAGGAGACAUGCGCUCACCUCGUCUCCCUGAAGAACAAGUGUCUACAUCCUAUCACUCAGAAGCCAUACAUAAAGUCAUUCAGAGCGGGAAAGCAGGAUUCACCUGA